UCUCUUCUGCCCUAUAAAUAUUCCACCGAAAAGCCUCGUCGGAGACGCUUCAAUCCACUCAGGGCUUUUCCGUCGAUCGAGCGAUGGCCGAUCGGAGCGGUGGCGAAGGAUGGCCCGCCGACGCGUGGCGGUCUCCGAGUCCCCAUCGUCGGGCACCGGACGGUCACCUGGUCCCUAUGUGGGAGAGGCGGUUCUGCAGCAAGGCUUGCGGCAUCCCGUGGGAGCGCCUAUGUGCGAUCCAGCGGUGGAUGACCGGCGACAUGCAGGAGCGGGUGAUGCGGUGGGACGACUCCGCCGUGGCGGAGGCCUUCCGCAACGCCAAGGCCAGGUACUGCGCUCGCUACCACGGCCGGCCCUGCUGCAUCCCCCUUCCCGACCCGGAUAUGUACAUCGAUGACGUCGACCACGACGCCUUCGUCGAUCCUGAGCUGAUCGCCGACCUAGAGAAGCCGCCGCCGAAGUAUAGCGAGCUGGACUAACCCGCCGCCGCCUCGACUACCGGCGGUAUGGUUCUUCUUGAAGACAUCCGUCCGACCGGGUGGGACGAGGUGCCCGAGCCUAAUCCCUUGAACCGCGGUGGAGUUGCCGACGCUUGGGAUCACUCGACCGGGUGGGACGAAGUGCCGGCGCCUAAUCUCUCGAACCGUGAUGGAUUUGUCGACGCGUGGAAUCAGGGCGAUCCAAGGAGGAGUAGCGGUCCCGAAAGAUCCGAUUUUGUUGCUCAAGACAACAGGAGAAAUGCCCAAUGGGAUACCUGGGAGGAAAAAAAUAGGACUUUUGAUCGAGGUAGAAGAAAUGGAAGAAAAAGGGAGGGAGGUGAUCGCUGGGGGCCGAGACAUAUCAGACCCCAUUACAAAUCGAACAACGAGCCUUGGGGAAACUGCAGAGGAGGUGGAAGGUAUUUGACAGGGAUUCAACGGUAUCGGGAGCAUUAUCCAUGAAAUACUUGUUCUUGCUGGUAGGCAAUAGAGUGGUGCUUUUGCUGUUUAAAGAGUAGAUACUUUGAUAGAGUUUUUGAUUAAAUACAACGGAGACUAAUGGUGCUUCGGAUAUGCAUUAGAGGAAUAUUGAACUGAGGUUUAGAAUCAUCUUGUAAGCAUUUUGAGAUAUGUAUCCUUACUUCUAACCAUGGAAUUGUUUAAUCUGCGUUUUAAUAUACCGACAUUACUAUACCUGUUCAUUUCUUAGACAAUGGUUUAGUGAGUUAGACCAAUUGAUGAUUCAGAACUAUCAACACAAAAAUACAGCUCACCUUAAGAAGCCAAACAGAAUUUAUGCAAG